AUGACAGCCUCUGAGAAAGAUGUCACCCCUAACGAUGAGGAGGUUCACAGCACCGGCUCAUAUAUAUCGCGCACUGGGCCCCAAAAAGUCAACUUCUACCGAUCGACAUUCUUCAAUGCUUUUAUUCUCGGGUUGUGUAAUUUCCUCGCCCCAGGCAUUUGGGGUGCCAUGAAUUCCUUGGGUGGCGGAGGAGAAGAAAAGCCCUAUCUCGUCAAUGCCGCGAACGCCCUAACCUUUGGGUUGAUGGUAGUAUCAUGUUUCCUGAGCAGUGUCAUUGUACGAUUCAUCGGAAUCAAAUGGACACUUAUUGUUGGCACAAUGGGUUACGCACCCUACGCAGCAGGGCUGUACGUGAACAACCGUUUUGGAAACGAAUGGCUUGUCCUCCUGGGUGCUGCCCUUUGCGGUAUUUCUGCGGGUAUCUUUUGGAUGGCAGAAGCUGCCAUUGCCCUCUCCUACCCUGAGCCGUAUAAUCAGGGUCGCUUUUUGGGAUUCUGGCUUGGUUUCCGUGUGGGAGGACAGAUCCUCGGCGGCGCUAUUAACCUCGGUAUCAAUGCCGACCGAUCCACUUCUGGCUCUGUGUCGUAUACGGUCUAUAUCAUUUUCAUUGCUCUGCAGGCGCUUGGGCCUUUUGCAGGUCUGCUUCUGAGCAGCCCUUCCAAGGUCCAGCGUAAGGAUGGGAUCCCUGUUCGACUGGAGGUGACGAAUAGCAUUGGGUAUGAGCUAAAAGCCACGGCGAAGCUUUGGAUCAGUCGCAAAUUCCUGCUUAUCAUCCCAUUCAUCUGUCAAGCCGUCUACACCGAAGCUGUGAUGUUCUCCUAUGAAGGAUUGUGGUUCUCUGUGCGAGCGAGAGCGCUCGGAUCUUUCCUUUCUGGUGUGAUUGCACUGAUAAUUGGAAAUGUUCUCGGAGCGUUCCUUGACUCGAAGAGGAUAUCCCUGGAGAAGAGAGCGCGGUAUGCAUUCUUCUUCGUCGUUGGAUGGCAGGGAAUGUGCUGGAUCUGGGCGACAGUGGUCACAACGGAGUUCCACAAGACCAACCCGGCAAACGACUGGUCUUCCCCGGGCUUCGGAAGGGCUUUUGUCCUCUUCCUGUUCUGGGUUGCUGGGUUCCAGCUGAACUACAUGUAUCUGUUCUUCUUGGUGGGCAAUCUCGCGGAAGACCAAGAAGAGGUCGUACGGAUUGCAGGCUUGUUGCGUGGAACAGAGUCAGCUGCUCAGUGUGUCAGCUACGGCCUGAGUAGUGUCAAUAUCAUGGCGGCUGUGGGUAGCAUUUACCUGAAUUUUGGACUAUGGGCCAUCGCCAUACUGCCUGCCUGGUUGGUUGUGAAACAGAUAGGCGGAGUGUUCGGAGACAAAAAGAUCGAAAGAGAGGCUCGGGGCCUACGAGAAGCCUCGGACCACGAGUGA